CCGCCGACAAGCUUCAGUCCCAGAAGGGAGCUGCUGUCUGAGGAGGAAACUGCAUCUUCACGGGCCAGCCACGAGAGGAUCUGGGGUCGCGCUGGGCGCCCGACGGACCCUCCCCAGGGACUCGCCUGCCCCACACCGCCCGGCCUUGCCCGGCGCUCCGCGUCAGGUUCCCCAGCCGCAGCCUUACCUACGGGCUCUAGAAUCCUCAGGGCUUCCAGAGGAUGCUCAGCCCACCGACGGGGACCUCGGGGCAGCAGUGAGGGGGGCACCCAGCCCCCCAUUCAGCUCCUGUCCUCUUGGGCCGGGGGCCUCCCCGGGGGGAAGAGCAUGGUGGUUUUCCCUUGGAGCCCCCUGGCUUGGUACGUCUGAGAAGAUGCCUGCCAUGAGGCUCUUCACUUGCUUCCUGCAGCUUCUGGCUGGGCUGGCACUGCCGGCUGUGCCCCCCCAGCAGUGGGCCUUGUCUGCUGGGAACAGCUCAUCGGAGGUGGAAGUGGUGCCCUUCCAGGAGGUGUGGGGCCGCAGCUACUGCCGGGCGCUGGAGAGGCUGGUGGACAUCGUGUCUGUGUACCCCAGUGAGGUGGAGCACAUGUUCAGCCCGUCCUGCGUCUCCCUGCUGCGCUGCACCGGCUGCUGUGGCGACGAGAACCUGCACUGUGUGCCCGUGGAGACGGUCAAUGUCACCAUGCAGCUCCUGAAGAUCCGCUCUGGGGACCGGCCCUCCUACGUGGAGCUGACAUUCUCUCAGCACGUGCGCUGCGAGUGCAGACCUCUGCGGGAGAAGAUGAAGCCAGAAAGGAGGAGACCCAAGGGCAGGGGGAAGAGGAAGAGAGAGAAGCAGAGACACACAGACUGCCACCUGUGCGGUGAUACAGUUCCCCGGAGGUAACCAGCCCCUCGGAGGAGAGAGACGGAGACCCCACGCCCGGCUCGUGUAUUUAUUACCGUUACACUCUCAGUUACCUCCCUGCUGGCACCUGCCCUCUAUUUAUUAGCCCAAGUGUAUACCUGCUGAAUGACUCACUCCCUUCAAGAUGAGGGGCAGGAAGGGACAGGACCCUCAGGAAUUCAGUGCCUUAAACAGAACGUGAGAGAAAGAAAGAAGACAGAUCCACGUGUGCGUCAUCUGGGGAAGAAGCAAGACUUGUGGCUUUGUGGAGGGGCGUGUCACACCCCAGAGGCCUGAGGGUCUCCAGGGUGCUGGAGAGGGAGGGACGGGGGGGACAUGCCACCUGUCCCAGGGCCUUGGGCUCUGCCGGGACCAGCAGCCCUUGCCUGGGGAGCUCCCUGCCGGGAUGAGGGUGGAGGAGCCUUCUCUGGCCGCCGUGGCCCCUGCCGGGAGGGCGGGCAGGCAGCAGCCCCGCGCCCUGGAGACAGGAUGUUCAGCUCUGGAGACCAGUGGUUGCCUGGGGGCCUUUGCCACUCCUUGUCCCCUAGGUCUCGCCUCAUAUCUUACCACCGCUUGUGCUGGGACAUUGCUCUUUACGCCAAGGCAUCCCCACCUGCCCCUCUCGGGGACGCAGGCAGAGAGGGCCCAGGCUGGUCAUGGAGCAAGCUGUCCCCGCGAGGGCCGUCUGACCGCCAAGCCAGAUUCUCUUGAAUAAAGUACUCUAGUCUGGAA